AUGCAUCUUCCUCAUUUUCCUUUGCAGUUUAGUUCCAAGAAAGGUGAGGAGUUUUACAAGGAUGUGCCUAAGGGCUGUCUCGCCCUCUACGUUGGAAAGGGAGAAGAACAGAGGCGUUGUGUGAUUCCUGUGGAAUACAUAAACCAUCCUCUGUUCGAGAAGUUUCUCAAGGAAGCCGAGGAAGAGUACGGGUUUGAGCAGCAAGGCAGGAUUGUCAUUCCAUGCCAUCUCUCCGACUUUCAGAGCGUGCAGGAAGUGAUCGACAGAGAAAGUCAUCAAUCUCAUCGCCACGCACACGUGAGCUGCUUUGGUUGA